GGUGGGAGGGGGAGUGAGGAGGGAGUGUGAUGUCAGUCAGUGUUCCACUAUUCUGAGCCCCGUCACUGGAGAGCGAGCAAGUCAGGACCGACACCACUGCCAUGGCAGAUGUUCCAGAGGAUACUCACACCAAGGAGAAGAAGGAGAAGAAAAAGAAAGAAAAAAGUGGGGAUGAAGAAAAGAAAGAGAAGAAAUCCUCAAUAAAAAAAGAAAAAACAGAUCGAGCAGUAGCUGAAAACACAGUUUCAGAGGAAACUGAGCAAACACAAAAACCAGAGAAUGUAGAGCAAAAAAGAGUAGAAAUACAGGAACCUCCGAAGGAGGUUGAGCCGGAACCUGCAGCAAUGGCUACAACAGCAGAGCCAGAAGUGGAGGAAGAACCCAAGCCAAAGCCAAAGAGGAAACCAUCUAAGAGGAGUUUGGAACUAGAAAUAGACGAUGAAAAACUUAACCAGUUAAAAGAGGCAUUCCAAAUUUUUGAUUUCGACCACGAUGGGGUAAUUGACAAGAAUGACCUCCGCAAGUCUCUGAUAGCCAUGGGACAAGACAUUCAUGAUAUACAUGAAGAAGAACUGGAAAAGAUGAUGUCAGAGGCCUGUCAGCCAUUGGAUUUUGAUGCAUUUAUCAUGCUACUAGGUUAUCGGACCAUCGAGUUGGAUCCUGAAGAGGUACUGAGAGAUGCUUUAUCUCGGUGGGAUUAUGACGGCUCAGGCCUCAUCUCUGAGGAAAAGUUCAGGUCAGAUUUAAUGUGUCUGGGAGACAAAUUCUCAGAGAAAGAGGUAAACAUGGCACUAGAAGAUGCUCCGGUAACCAAGGGCUUUGGCUUCUACAAGGAUAUCCGUAUGAUAGACUACGUCAAGUUCUGUCACAUAUUGUGCGGGCUGCGUAAGAAGACCCGAGACCCCUCCUUGGAGGAGUAUGGCCUGGAUGUCUCUGUCUGAUCAUUGUGGACCGAUCACUACACAAGCAUUAUUUAAGGACAAUAAAUUUAAGCAUCAACUUUUAUAGUCUUUAUUGAACUAUUCUUAAAUUAAAUUUAUGACUUUGUCUACAAAAUAAAAACACUAACGACUUAAAAGUACUGUAUUUUUAUUUGCAUUACCACUUAGAUACAAUAGUGAUUGAACAAACACUCUUCGUUUUGAAAUUAUGCAAUGAAAUAAAAUGAAUGGUUUUUGGAGAA